ACAAAAUACAUGUCCAACACGAAUUAGUAGGUAUAGGUAACGGUAGGUAUGCGGCUAAAAUUGAUCACGUAGUAAUGAUCUAUACCGACAUAGUAUCGCGUCAUCGCGUCAUCUGCGUGAAAUUUCUCGUAAAUUCGCGUUCAUCGCGAGAACGAUCGAAUUUUGAAAAGUGCCCGGUACUCGGUUUUGAAAAAUUCUAGUUCUAAAGUGAGUGAAUUUAUAUGUAAACGCAGCAAUUUUUCGUCAAGAUGGAAUCUCCAGAGCCAUACUGCGGUGCAACAUUACUCAACAUCGGUAAAUACUACAAGGAUCACGUGCUCGCUUACAUAAGCUUACCAACAUGCGUCAUAGGGGUGAUUCUCAACUCAUUCAAUAUCACCGUAUUCACCAGGAAAACCAUUCUUUCACCCCCGAACCUGAUCUUCGCUCAUUUAUCCUUUCUGGAUUUCCUAGUGCUGCUGGCUCGUAUCCCGUACGUUUGGCUGGUCAAUGUUCGACCUCUCAGUGGUUUCGAUAUCCAUCAGUCUUACGGCUGGACUGUGUUUUACAUAUGCUGCAAUACUUUCAUAGUAACGGUUCAGUUCACAUCCAUAUUCCUCACAACGAUGCUGGCUGCGUGGAGGUACAUAGCGGUAGUGCAUCCGCUCAAGGAACGUUCUUGGUGCAGUAUGAAGAAGACACGUAAUGUGGUGAUUGCUGGUUACGUAGUCUGCACUCUUUUGUAUGUGAUACCUCAAUAUUUGACGCUGAGAAUUGAAACGACUGAGGGAACACCGGAAACCUAUAGCUUAGCUGCUAUACAGGAAGGAGGACUGAUUAAACACUCGACGGUAGACAUCAUUCACGCGGUUAUCAUUCGGUUAUUGCCAUCAGUUGUGUUGGCAGGGUUUACUAUCAGACUCGUCAUUUCGUUAUUAAAAAGAGAAACACAUCAGGAACAAUCAACCACUGAAUUUGGAAGCGUUCAAAAUACCGCCAGAAACGUGAAAAUGAAACAAGACGCCAACCGAUCAACGACCAUAUUAUUGGUAGUAGUGCUGUUAUUCUUCAUAGCCGAGUUUCCCAGAGGAAUACUGAAUUUACUGCGAGUGGGUUUCGAGCACGAUGAAAAAUCCGAAGAAAUUCACGGUCGAUGUUACGCUGCACUGGUACAGAUAUUCACCACAUUGACUGAUAUCAACUUAUCCAUCACGUUUAUAGUGUACUCCACGUUGAGUAAGCAAUUCUGGGCCACGUUUAAACUCUUGUCUCGUUGCGCUUAUAAAAUUAUUAGUCGUAUUAUUUCUCGUGUUACUUGUAAAGGUAAACGUAAAGGUAGUGGUAGUAGUAGUAGUAGUGAAGCAAAUGUUGAUACAGAGACAAAAACUGAUGAAGUUUAGUACUUACCUACCUAAACGAUCAUUUAGAAUUUCUAUAGUAGGUACAAUGGUACAUAUACAUAGCGAAGCCAAAAUGAACAAUUAGCUCAAUGCAUACCAUGGUUUUAGUUCAGAAAUACUUAAUUGUAAAUUUGUAAAGUUUUUUUUUAAAUUUUUAUAUGUACAUAUCUGAUUAGUAGAAUAAAAUUUCCAACCCUGCAUGGGGACUGAUUGCAAA